UGGCACGCGAGACAAAUGAGGGGGAGCAUUCUUCACGUUUCGGCUGCGGGACGAGUCGGAGGAGGGGGAGGCUCGGUGGAGGUGAGGACCACAGUCUGUUGCUACUGCAGUGGCCGGGAGGGACGGACACGCGAGGCUGGUCGGACGCUUCCCUCACCAUCAGCACCAUCGCCACCGGCGUCGCGCGCGGAGCUGGGCCGAGGCAAGGGGGGCAGGACGCCGCAUCGGAUUUGCAGCACGCUAUCUGGGCCAUUUCCUGGAAGGGCAACGCGGCGGUCACACCCCGACAGCAAGGUCCGGCCGAACAAUAUGGACUUGGCCGUGCCGCGCCUGAACGCGGGCGAGACUCCGAUGACGUGCGUGGGCUCUGGCGCCGUUCUCCUGGUGAUGCUCGUGAGUCACGUGGCAUCGGCGCUGGAAGUGCCCCUUGAUCCUAAGGUCCUGGAAGGAUUGCCCCAGCCCCCCACGAUUACGCUGCAGUCCCCGAAGGAUUACAUCUUUGACCCGCGGGAGAACAUCGUCAUCCACUGUGAAGCCAAGGGGAAGCCUCACCCCAGCUUUUCUUGGACGAGGAACGGGAGCCAUUUUGAUGUGGAGCAAGACUCCAAAGUUCUACUGAAGCCCGGUUCGGGGACUUUGAUCAUUGACAUCAGCGGGGAAAAGGCCGAGGCCUACGAGGGGACGUACCGGUGCGCGGCCCACAAUGAUCACGGCACGGCCGUCUCCAACGACAUUGUCAUCCGACAAUCCAGGUCCCCCUUGUGGUCGAAAGAAAGACUUGAAGCCAUCACAGUGCAGGUGGGGGUCUCAAUGGUGCUGCCGUGCCGCCCGCCGGCGGGGCUGCCCCCUCCCGUCAUUUUUUGGAUGGAUAACAUUUUCCAGAAGCUGCCGCUGGACAAUCGCGUGUCGCAGGCGCUGAACGGCGACUUGUACUUUUCCAACGUGCUCCCAGAGGACAGCAGGAACGACUACAUCUGCUACGCCCGCUUCCCAAAUACGCAAACCAUCCAGCAGAAGCAGCCCAUCUCCGUCACAGUGCUGCAGAGUAAGUCGUUCCCCCCCCCCCCCCCACACACACCCGCACAAAUGCCCUCUCACUGGCUCUUCUCUCUCUCCUCUCGCAAAUUAGCCAACCCGACGGUGGAGUGCCAUCCCGGUUUCAUGACGCCUUUGGGCGCCGCCAGCUCCAAGACGGUCCUGCGAGGGGACACCCUGGAGCUGGAAUGCAUCGCCGAAGGCUUGCCCACUCCGGAGAUGUCUUGGCAGAAAGACGGAGUGGAGCUGCCCAGCAGCAGGGUUUCCUUCCUCAACUACAAGAAAACCCUGAAGAUUGCCGACGUGGGCGAAGCCGACGCCGGCGACUACACUUGCGCGGCCGCCAACCGCCUGGGCGCGGCGCACCACGUCAUUAAGGUUGCCGUUAAAGCUGCUCCGUUCUGGAUCAGCGCUCCCAGGAACCUGAUCCUCGCCCCGAAUGAGACCGGCAUCCUGACUUGCCGAGUCAGCGGAGACCCCAAGCCGGAUAUUAGUUGGUUUGUCAACGGAGUGCCCAUCGAAAACGCUCCCGAGGACCCCGCCCGCAAGGUGGACGGCGAUACCGUCAUCCUGAGCCGCGUGCAGUCCGGCUCCAGCGCCGUUUACCAGUGUAACGCCUCCAACGAAUUUGGCUACCUGCUCGCCAACGCUUUUGUCAGCGUUCUCGCCGAGCCUCCGAGGAUCCUCACUCCCCCCGACCGAGUGUACCAGGUCAUCACCAACAGCCCGGCUUUACUGCAUUGCGCCACGUUCGGCUCGCCCAUCCCGACCAUCACGUGGUUCAAGGACAGUCUGAUCAGCAUCAAGAGCGAAGACCCCUACGUGAUCCACGAAAACGGUACCCUGGAGAUCAACGUGGCCCAGUCGCAAAACAGCGGCAAGUACACGUGCAUGGCCAGCAACAACCUGGGCGUGAAGGAGAACCACCUUUUCCUGGAGGUCAAGGAGCCCACGCGCAUCCUCAAGCAGCCCGAAUACAAAGUGGCCCAACGGGGCACCAGCGCCGUCUUCCAGUGUAAAGUCAAGCACGACCCGUCCCUCGUCCCCACCAUGACUUGGCUCAAAAACGCCGGCGAGCUGCCCGACGACGAGAGGUGGAGCUCCUCCGCCGCGACGCGUACGUGUAACUCGGCGACUGCCGCCAACGUGGCCCAAUCUUUUUCUCCCCCGCUCGUCAGGUUCGAGGUGGACACGGACAGCUUGGUCAUCAAAGAUGUGACGGAGGAAGAUGAGGGCACGUACACGUGCGUCAUGAACACCACUCUGGACCGGGAUUCGGCCAGCGCCACGUUGACCGUCGUCGAGGCCACGCCCACUCCGGCUAUUUUCUACGAGAAACCCGACCCACCUACUGAUCUCAAACUCACUGACCAAACCGAACGCAGUGUUCAGCUCACCUGGUUCCCCGGAGAUGAACACAACAGUCCCACACAAAAGUUUUUGAUCCAGUAUGAAGAUUUGCUGCACCGGCCCGGCGUCUGGGUCAACCUGACAGAGGUUGCCGGUACGAGCGCCACGGCGCAACUGGAACUCUCGCCGUACGUCUACUACUCCUUCCGGGUUCUGGCCAAGAACCAGGUGGGCUACAGCCGAGCCAGCCAGCCGUCGCGCCAGUACAGAACCAACCCGGCGGCCCCCGAUGAGAAUCCUUCGGAUGUUCAAGGAAAAGGAACGGAACCUGGAAACCUGCUCAUCUCCUGGACGUCGCUCACAGGACUCCAGUCCAAUGGGCCCGGUCUGGAGUACAAGGUGCUGUGGAGACAGAUGCACGUGGAUCAAGAUUGGUCCUCCCAGACGGUGGCCAACGCCUCCCAUCUUGUCGUGUCCGGACUUCCCGUCUACGUUCCCUACGAGAUCAAAGUUCAAGCUCUCAACGAUUACGGCAACGGGCCCGAGGCGGAAGUCGUCAUCGGCUACUCGGGGGAAGACCUGCCGAGCUCGGCCCCGGACGGCGUCUUGGUCACGGUCCACAACAGCACGACGGCACAAGUCCACUGGGAGCCGGUGUCCCCUCACUCGGUCCGUGGGAAACUGAAGGGCUACAAGGUUUACUACCGUCGGCAGCGAGGCUUGCACGAGACCGAGGAGGAAGCGGAUCAAGAGUCGGAAGAACAGGUCGUGACCUUCAGCGGGAACCGCAGCGAAGGCCGUCUGCCGGGCCUGCAAGCCUACAGCCUCUACAUCAUCUUCAUCAGGGUCCUCAAUAGCAAAGGAGAAGGUCCUCGGAGUCGGGACAAACAGUUUGAGACACCCGAGGGAGUCCCAGGACCACCUUCUUUUCUCAACGUCUUGAAUCCCAAUUUGGACUCUCUCACUCUGGAAUGGGGCCCACCACUGCACAAAAACGGACGCCUGAUUGGCUAUGUGCUUCAAUACCAGCCAGUUCUGAACAUCACAGAAGCGGGGCCGGUCACCGUCAUGGAUUUCCCGGUCAACGAGACCACGGUGACGCUGGACAACCUGAACUCCAGCGUCCUCUACAAGUUCCAGCUGAGCGCAAAGACCGUCAAAGGCGCCGGCGCCAAUCUCACCAAAGAGGCCUCCACCAUCGUGGAAAGCACUCACACUCGCCCCACUGUCGGGACGGGCAAAGGCCCCACUGAGCCCCCUCCUCACCCAACCUCCCCCGUCACUCGGUCUGCGCACCCCCCGCCUCACAAGGCGCCCUCUGUUGGCCCGGUGUUUGGCAUUGUGAACACGUCCGUUUCGGAGGAGUGCGCGCUGAUCACUUGGGAAUACUUUGGACACCAUAAGAACAUUUAUGUGGAGUACACGGUGGAAAACAGUAAAGAGGACUGGAAAAAGGAGUCGGUCAACGGCUCGCGCUCGCAUAUUUUAAAAGGCUUAAAGCCAGGGACGUCCUAUAGGGUGCGCGUGGUCGCUCGAGACCCGGCCGGGCCGACGCUCCACGUCACAAACGAAGAGGUGGUUACGGUGCCAGCCGUGGCCAGUCGGCACGUGGACAUCGCCACGCAAGGCUGGUUCAUCGGGCUGAUGUGCGCCAUCGCUCUGCUCAUCCUGGUGCUCCUCAUCGUCUGCUUCAUCAAGAGGAACAAGGGCGGCAAGUAUCCAGUGAAAGAGAAAGAAGAAGCCCACCAAGACCCCGAGAUCCAGCCCAUGAAGGAGGACGAUGGCACCUUUGGAGAAUACAGUGACACGGAGGACCACAAGCCACUGAAGGGCAGCCGGACGCCGUCCAACGGCACGGUGCGGCGCGACGAGAGCGACGACAGCCUGGUGGACUACGGGGAGGGCGGGGACGGCCAGUUCAACGAGGACGGCUCCUUCAUCGGCCAGUACAGCGGCAAGAAGGAGAAGGACACGCACGAGGGCAACGAGAGCUCGGAGGCGCCGUCGCCCGUCAACGCCAUGAACUCCUUUGUCUAAACCCCGCUUGGUGCGAAGGACGCUUCCACUUGGACCGCGGUGCUUAAUCACCAUGGAACAACUCUCUGGAGAAGCAAUAUAGAAAGGAAUGUAUCGGGAGCUGUGUGUGUAUGUGUGUGUGAGAGAGAGAGAAAGUGAGUGUGUGCCAUUUGAUAUCCUUUGCUAGCAUUUCUAUACAACCACAACGUAUCCAAACACAUCCGCAGGUGUUAACUGCAUGGUGCCCCUUUUGUUGUCACGGAAACGUGCCGAGUUUGGUUGUCGUCCCAAAGAAAUUGGAUCUCAUACGAUCGCUGUUUCACAGCCUUUAUUUAGCCACGGCACAUAUUCUAGAAAAUCUCACGACACACCACUAAAUGAAAAUGAAAAGUCCCCCCC